CAUUUCGUUGCUGUAAAAGCCGCCAGAUGGCAGUUUAGGAUUGCUUCUCUGAGGAAAGGCGCGGUUGUGCUUCUGGUCUAAUUUACAAUAUAAAAACAUAAACUAUUUACUCAAUGAAUCGCGCCAAUUAUUACCGACGCGUGUCCCGGACAGCCCUAUUUUAACGGGAGAGGUUAUGCUUUCUGAAGCAUUCGGGGCCUGAACUAAACAAUUGUUAUUGGCACCUGCUGUCUCAAACAUAUUCACGAAUUCUGAUUGACUCGUUUGUUGAAGUCUCCUCAUUUUGACAAGAAACCCAUCAUGAUCAACUCAGACUUUACUGUGUUACAGGACUCGUCAAAUGAUGGGCAGGGCGACACAGUGAGUCUAGGCUUGAGCGUCGGUGAAUUGGAUGAUUCGGGAGAAGGAAAAGGCAAGAAGAAGAGAGGCAGGCCUGGAAAACAAGGGGGGGCUAGUAAGAAGGCUCGAAAGUCCCCGGUUGAUAAAGGUGGACGGAGACAAAAUGGAGUGGCCCAUCAGAAUGGAGAGGGGGCAGAAGCAGGCACGCUCUUUGAGGUGGUCAAACAAGGCAAAAGUGCCAUGCAGUGUGUUAUUGAUGACUGGAUUGAAUCUUACAAACAAGACAGAGAUUUGGCGCUUUUAGAUCUGAUUAACUUCUUCAUUCACUGUUCUGGUUGUAAAGGCACUGUAAGAAUCGAGAUGUUUAGGAACAUGCAGAAUGCAGAAAUUAUCAGAAAGAUGACAGAGGAAUUCGAUGAGGACAGUGGCGAUUACCCCCUUACAAUGGCAGGACCACAGUGGAAGAAGUUUCGAUAUAAUUUCUGCGAGUUCAUCAUCGUUCUGAUUCGUCAGUGUCAGUACAGCAUCAUCUAUGACGAAUAUAUGAUGGAUACGGUCAUCUCUUUGCUCACUGGGCUUUCAGACUCACAGGUCCGAGCCUUCAGACACACCAGUACAUUGGCAGCCAUGAAACUGAUGACAGCGUUGGUGAAUGUGGCUUUGAACUUGAGCAUCAACCAGGAUAACACACAGAGGCAGUAUGAGACCGAGCGGAACAAGGUUGCGGGGAAACGAGCCAAUGAAAAGCUAGAACUGCUGCUUCAGAAGAGAAAAGAGCUUCAAGAAAACCAAGAUGAGAUUGAGAACAUGAUGAACUCCAUCUUCAAGGGUAUUUUUGUUCACCGAUACAGGGAUGCUAUAGCAGAGAUCAGGGCUAUUUGCAUUGAGGAGAUUGGAGUUUGGAUGAAAUUAUACAGCGAUGCCUUUCUCAACGAUAGUUACUUGAAGUAUGUUGGCUGGACGCUACAUGACAGACAAGGUGAAGUUCGACUCAAAUGUUUAAAGGCCCUUCAGACCCUUUAUACCAACAGAGAGCUUUUCCCCAAGCUUGAGCUCUUCACCAAUCGAUUUAAGGAUCGUAUUGUGUCCAUGACGCUGGAUAAAGAAUACGAUGUGGCAGUAGAGGCCAUACGGCUCGUGACUUUGAUUCUGCAUGAUAGUGAGGAUGCUCUAUCAAACGAAGACUGCGAGAACGUCUACCAUCUAGUCUAUUCGGCCCAUCGUCCUGUUGCCGUGGCCGCCGGAGAGUUCCUCCACAGAAAGCUGUUCAGCAGGCACGACCCUCAGGCUGAGGAGGCUUUGGCAAAGAGACGAGGCCGAAACAGCCCCAAUGGGAACCUGAUCAGAAUGCUGGUGCUGUUUUUCCUGGAGAGUGAGCUUCAUGAACAUGCAGCGUACCUAGUGGACAGUCUGUGGGACAGCUCACAAGAUCUGCUCAAAGAUUGGGACUGCAUGGUAGAGCUCCUGUUGGAAGACCCCGUGCAGGGAGAAGAGGUAAUGGGAGAUAGACACGAGAGCGCCCUGAUCGAGCUCAUGGUCUGCACCAUCAGACAGGCCGCUGAAGCUCAUCCACCUGUGGGCAGAGGAACGGGAAAGAGAGUCCUCACUGCCAAAGAGAAGAAGACUCAGAUAGACGAUAAGAACAAACUUACCGAGCAACUAAUUGUUGCCCUGCCCAUGCUGCUGUCAAAGUACCAAACCGAUGCUGAGAAGGUUGCAAACCUCCUUCAUAUCCCACAGUUCUUUGAUCUUGAGGUGUACAGUUCAGGACGAAUGGAAAAGCAUCUAGACGCUCUGCUGAAGCAGACGCGGGUGGUGGUGGAGAAGCACACAGAGGCCGAGGUGUUGGAGGCGUGCAGCAAGACCUACAGCAUCCUGUGCAGCGAGGAAUACACCAUCAUGAACCGCGUGGACAUCGCUCGAAGUCAGCUCAUCGACGAGCUCACGGACCGAUUCGCACAUUCGGUUGAAGACCUGCUGCAGGAGGGGGAUGAAGCAGAUGACGAUGACAUUUACAACGUUCUCUCGACUUUAAAGAAGCUCACUGCUUUCCACAACGCACAUGACCUUACAAAAUGGGCUUUUAAAAACUGCUAUCGAUUGUUGAAGAUGGGGAUUGAGCAAGGCUCCAUGCCCGAGCAGAUUGCUGUUCAGGCUCUGCAGUGCUCUCAUUACUCCAUCCUGUGGCAGCUGGUGAAAAUCACUGAGGGAUCGCCAUCAAAGGACGAUCUCGUGGCAUUGAGGAGGGUGGUGAAAUCUUUCUUAGCGGUGUGUCAGCAGUGUCUGUCAAAUGUAAACACUCCUGUCAAAGAGCAGGCAUUCAUGUUGCUGUGUGACCUGCUUAUGAUCUUCAGUCAUCAGUUGGUCUCGGGCAGUCGAGAAGCUCUGCAGCCGCUGGUCUUCAAUCCAGACACCACUCUGCAGAACGAACUGCUCACCUUUGUCCUGGAUCAUGUGUUUAUUGACCAGGAUGAUGAAAGUCAGAGCAUGGAGGGCGACGAGGAGGACGAAGCCAAUAAGAUCGAAGCUCUUCACAAGAGGAGGAAUCUUUUGGCGGCCUUCUGCAAACUCGUUAUCUUUGACAUCGUGGACAUGGCAGCAGCUGCAGACAUCUUCAAACAAUACAUGAAGUAUUAUAAUGACUAUGGAGACAUCAUCAAAGAAACAUUGAGUAAGGCCAGACAGAUGGACAAGAUUCAGUGUGCAAAAACCCUUGUCCUCAGCUUGCAGCAGCUCUUUAAUGAACUCGUCCAGGACCAAGGACCCAAUCUGGACCGAACGUCAUCCCACGUCAGCGGCAUUAAGGAACUGGCCCGACGGUUUGCACUCACAUUUGGACUGGACCAGAUCAAAACCAGAGAGGCCGUGGCCACACUGCACAAGGAUGGUAUUGAGUUUGCCUUCAAGUUCCCAAAUCCAAAAGGACCGGAAUACCCACCGCCCAGUCUGGCCUUCCUGGAAGUUCUCUGCGAGUUCUCCUCCAAACUUCUACGACAGGACAAAAAGACUGUACAUUCCUACCUGGAGAAGUUUAUGACCGAGUACAUGAUGGAGAGAAGAGAGGAUGUGUGGCUACCACUCAUCGCUUACAGAAACUCACUGCUGACGGGUGGAGAUGAUGACCGACUGUCUGUCACAACCGGAAGCACAACCAGCAAAGCCAGCACAGUCCGAAGCAAAAGAGGCAGACCGGCACAGCAAAAAAAACGGCCAGACGAGGAGAGCGUGGAAGGCUCGUGGGUGAUGCGCAAUGACAGCCUCCAGACACCAGGGGGCCUCCACACCCCACAGCUAACAUCCACUGUCCUCAGAGAAAACCCUAGACAGGCAGCAGAACACAUCCCAGACCAGGACUCGUCGGAACCAGGCUCAGAACCAGACUACAUGCACAAUCCUCAGAUGCAGAUGUCUUGGUUGGAUCAGCAGCAGAAGAUGGAUGAGGUGAACAGAAAGGAGAGGGGCGGGAUGAACUAUAUGAAGUCACGCAGCGGUGGAGUGAGACAGCAGGUGCGAGGUCUCAUGGAAGACGAUGCCGAGCCAAUCUUUGAAGAUGUGAUGAUGUCAUCACGCGGCCAGCUGGAGGACAUGAACGAGGACUUCGAGGACACCAUGGUGAUAGAUCUGCCACCUUCGAGAAACAGGAGAGAAAGAGCAGAACUCAGACCAGACUUUUUUGACUCUACAGCCAUAAUGGAAGACGAUUCUGGAUUUGGAAUGCAGAUGUUUUGAAAGAUUGAAGCCUCACAACCAGCAGCCAACAAGAAACACAUCUUAAACAUUUAUUUUGUUUUCUUUGCCGUUUUGCAUAACCGUGCCGAAGCUUGUGACCUUCAGUCUUGGUUUCGUGAAUAUGGUCAGGCCAUAAUCCCAUCAUGUGCAUUUCCUCAGAUAAUGUAAAGUCCAGAGUCUGUAAAAAUCUAGAAUCUGCUGGUUUUAAAUGGUGUUAUACAUCUUGGCAGUAUUGGUUCCUUCUGGUUUCAUGUCCUUCUGAUUAUUCAAAGCUGUUCAUAAAAAAUUCAGUUAAAUAACCCAACUAGUUAUGAUUUGUAAGGGUUUCAAUUUGCUUUUGGAAAAAACAUGAAUUGAUUUAUCAGAUUGAUAAAGCCCACAUUUGUUCAAAUAAACUCUGUAAUACUUAUAUACUGAUGUUUAUACAGGAAUCUUCUAUUUGAGACGUAAACAGGAGUAUUUCUUUCUUCAGUUACACUGGUCUUGUGUUUUGUUAAAUAACUUGUUUGUUGUCAUUUAAAGACAUGUUUACCUCUGUUUAUAGUCUGCUCAGUGAUUGUGUGUUUGUGGGAACAUAGCUUUCACACAAUACUUCAUUGCUGUGAAUGUCGUUGAUCGUUUAUUGGGCUUUAAUGUCCAUCUGAAAAUCCACAGGUUUUUUAAUUGAGCCUGUGUGGUACUGAAAAUAAAUAUCAGACCCAUUGUUUAGAAUGAUGCUUUUAAAUACGAUUCUCCGAUUAAACAGUGGGAUUAUCAUUAUUUUAAUCUUUUUACUGUUCAGACUUUGCUUUUUCUAAAGAAAUGUUUAAAUAAAAGUAUUUAAAAAUA